AUGGCUGAUGGCCAGCUCACUGGAUCUGACAGGGCUGUGUACACAGGGGAACUAAGAAAGAAAUUAAUUCAGAUCCAUCAGUUAAAUGACCUCUGCACUGAUUUGGCUCAGAACACCAUCCCUGUAUCCCCAGAGCUAAAUGGGAAGCUGACUUGCAUGGCCUUCCGUGUUCCUGUCCCCAAUGUGCCCGUAGUGUAUCUGACAUAUCGCCUGGAGAAAGCUGCCAAGUAUGAAGACAUCAAGAAAGUGGUGAAGCAGGCAUCCCAGGGCCCACUGAAGGGCAUCCUGGGCUACACCGAGGACCAGGUUGUCUCCUGCAACUUCAACAGUGACUCCCACUCUUCCACCUUUGAUGCUGGGGCUGGCAUUGCUCUCAAUGACAACUUUGUAAAGCUCAUUUCUUGGUAUGACAAUGAAUUCAGCUACAGCAACAGGGUGGUAGACCUCAUGGCCUAUAUGGCCUCCAAGGAGUAA